UUUACACGUUCUCGAAAACGUACUUGUCUUUAUUUGUCGAUAGAUUUUAAUUAAUGGUUGAAUUCUUUUUUUAUUAAUUUUCAGUUUCUUUUAUAUUUUGAUAAUCAAUUAUUAUCACCUACGAAAGAUAAAUAAUAAUGAGUAUGCAAAAGGGAAACACGAAACGCUCAAGGCCACAAAAAUACAAGAAUCAAUUUGCAUUUAAGAAUAAUCUACACGAUACAUCUCACAAGACAAAGGCCAUCAAUAAUCUACAUAUAGCCAAUGUGUGCGAGAGAUGUAAGAAGAUUAUAGAAUGGAAAAUCAAAUACAAAAAGUACAAGCCACUCAAAGCCCCUGGAAAGUGUAAUAAGUGUGAACAAAAAACUGUUAAAUAUGCCUAUCACACAAUGUGUGGUCCUUGUGCAAAGAAACGCAACGUCUGUCCAAAGUGUGAAAGCAACAGUGAUUUGGUACCGGCACAACCAACUAAACAAGAGCAAAUGCAAUUGGAUGCUGAAAUGCAGCAGAUGUUGAAGACUUUACAAGAAAGAAAAAGAAGAACUUUUAUUAGAUACAUGAAUAAAGAAAGUGAUAAGAAAAAAAAGAAACCUACAAAUAAAGAAAAUAGUAAUUAUGAAGAGCGGGACAAUAGUGACAAUAGUGACAAAGAAGAUAGUAAUUCUGUGAGGACUCGUGAUAAUUUAAUAGGCAAAUUAAAGUCAUUGAUGAUUGACAAAGACAUAGACGAUGAUAAUUUAGAUAGUGAAUCAGAUGAUUAUGGUGAUGAUGAUGAUGGUGAUGAUGAGUUUGAUGAUGAUGAUAAAUCAGAUGUUCUUUCAGAUUAAUGCUACGGUUAAGAGAAUAAAAUUUUGUUACUAUUUUUUAAAAACUUAUAGUUGUUUACAUUUUUUAUUAUGAAUGAAAUUUGUUGCAUAUAGCAUUCUUUUUUUUAUACCUUCUUGUCACAAUAAAAUUAU